AGAGCCACGAGGCCUCAGUGGACCUGGAGGGAACCUGAGACUGGGCAGAAGCAUGGGCUGCAGGAACGGAAUGCUGCACUGGGGACUCUUACUGAUUCUCUGGGGAUCCUGCACCUUCAGUCUCCCCACGGACACGGCUGCCUUCAGACGGAUCUUCCUCAAGAAAAUGCCCUCGAUCCGGGACAGCCUGAAGGAACGAGGAGUGGACAUGGCCAGGCUUAGUUCCAAGUGGGGCCAGUUCGCCAAGAGCCUGUCCUUCGACAACAGCACCUUCCCCGUGGUCCUCACCAAUUACCUGGAUACCCAGUACUAUGGUGAGAUUGGCAUCGGCACUCCACCCCAGACCUUCAAAGUCAUCUUUGACACAGGCUCAGCCAACCUCUGGGUGCCCUCCACCAAGUGCAGCCCUCUCUUCACAGCCUGUGAGAUUCACAGCCUCUACGACUCCUCAGAAUCCUCCAGCUACAUGGAGAACGGGACGGAAUUCACCAUCCGCUAUGGAUCAGGAAAGGUUAAAGGCUUCCUAAGCCAGGACGUGGUAACUGUGGGUGGAAUCACAGUGACCCAGACAUUCGGAGAGGUCACAGAACUGCCCCUGUUACCCUUCAUGCUGGCCAAGUUUGAUGGGGUUCUGGGCAUGGGCUUCCCUGCACAGGCCGUCGGUGGGGUCACCCCCGUCUUUGACCACAUCCUUUCCCAGAGGGUGCUGAAAGAAGACGUCUUCUCAGUCUACUACAGCAGGGAUUCCCACCUGCUGGGGGGAGAGCUCCUGCUGGGGGGCAGUGACCCCCAACAUUACCAAGGGAAUUUCCACUACGUGAGCAUCAGCAAGACUGGCUCCUGGCAGAUCAUGAUGAAGGGGGUGUCUGUGGGCUCUGCCACCUUGCUGUGUGAGGAGGGCUGCAUGGCAGUGGUGGACACCGGUGCCUCCUACAUCUCGGGUCCCACCAGCUCCCUGAGGCUGAUCAUGGAGGCCCUAGGGGCCAAAGAGCAAAGCACAGAUGAAUAUGUCGUGAACUGUAACCAGGUGCCCACACUGCCUGACAUCUCCUUCCACCUGGGAGACAGAGCCUACACGCUCACCAGUGCAGACUACGUGUUACAGGCCCCGUACAGUGAUGAUGACAUGUGCACCCUGGCCUUCCAAGGCCUGGACAUCCCACCGCCCACCGGACCCCUGUGGGCCCUGGGAGCCAGCUUCAUCCGAAAGUUCUACACAGAGUUUGAUCGGCAUAACAAUCGCAUUGGCUUUGCCUUGGCCCACUGAGCCUUCUGCCACCAGGGUGAGCCUUGCCUUCAACCUGAGCCCAGAGCUGCAGCUCUCUCUGGGGUCCCCUCUGCCUGGGCUCAUGCCCUUGUGCAGGGACACUAAACGUGGAGUCCCUGCCCACUGUGCCAGCCUUUCCUUGCUUUGAGGAGAAACAGAAUAAA